GCAAUGGCUGCUUCCUGUGUCCUCUUGCAUACUGGGCAGAAGAUGCCCCUAAUUGGACUGGGCACCUGGCAGAGUGAGCCUGGCCAGGUGAAAGCAGCCAUUAAAUAUGCCCUGAGUGUUGGCUACCGUCACAUUGACUGUGCUGCUAUCUAUGGCAAUGAGACUGAGAUCGGAGAGGCCCUGAAGGAGAACGUGGGACCAGGCAAGGCAGUGCCACGUGAGGAGCUGUUUGUGACAUCCAAGCUGUGGAACACCAAACACCACCCUGAGGAUGUGGAGCCUGCCCUUCGGAAGACGCUGGCUGACCUCCAGCUGGAGUAUUUGGAUCUGUACCUGAUACACUGGCCUUAUGCCUUUGAGCAAGGAGACAACCCCUUCCCUAAGAAUGCUGAUGGCACUAUUCACUAUGACUCCACCCACUACAAGGAGACCUGGAAGGCUCUGGAGAAGAUGGUGGCCAAGGGACUGGUGCGGGCACUGGGCCUGUCCAACUUCAACAGGCGACAGAUUGAUGAUGUGCUCAGCGUGGCCUCUGUGCGCCCUGCUGUCCUGCAGGUGGAAUGCCACCCAUACCUCGCUCAGAAAGAGCUGAUUGCUCACUGCCAUGCCUGUGGUCUGGAAGUGACUGCUUAUAGCCCUCUGGGCUCCCCUGAUCGUUCUUGGCGAGACCCUAAUGAACCGGUCUUGCUGGAAGAGCCAGUGGUCCAGGAACUGGCUAAAAAAUACAACCGAUCUCCAGCUCAGGUCUUGAUCAGGUGGCAGGUCCAGCGGAAAGUGAUCUGCAUUCCUAAGAGUAUCACUCCUUCCCGAAUCCUUCAGAACAUUCAGGUAUUUGACUUCAGCUUCACCCCAGAAGAGAUGAAGCAGUUAGAUGCUCUGAACAAAAAUUGUCGAUACAUCGUGCCCAUGCUUGUGGUGGAUGGGAAGCGAGUCCCGAGAGAUGCUGGGCACCCUCUGUACCCUUUUAAUGACCCAUACUGAGGCCACAGCUUCCUGGAAUCCUGCCAGCUCUCUGGCUAUAAGGUCCCAACAUUCCCAGAAAGGAAAUUAUUAAAGCUGUUGGAGGAUCCAUA